CUCCGAGCGCCCGGGAUCCCUUUUCCUGGGUUUCAUCCGCGUUGAACUCUCUCUAGCUGUUCGAGGCAGCGGAGCGGCACCGCCUCUUUGGGACCCUGGCUGGGAAUCCCUUUCCCAAACCCGUCCUUGGCGAUUUUUGCGCGUCGGGAGCAGAACUCGGCUGCGCGCGGCGGAUUGGACUCAGGCGUGAGUCCCGGGCGCUGUGGCGCCUCAGCUCCUGGCCAAGUCCGCUUUCCGAGCUCCGGGGGCUUUGGGAGAGACGAGCCCGAGGCGAGGGCGUUUGGAGAGCCUUUGAGGGCUCGGGAGAGACACAUGCAUUUUCUGCUGCGUUUCAGGAGGGUAGAAUUCCCUGUCACCACAGGAGAGGCAACAGCCCCGAAAUGUGACUGCGAUUGGCGGGUCGGCAGAGGCCUGGCAGUCUCUGGAGUGAUGGCUUAGAGUAUGCGAAAAGGCCAGUGCUUUCCCUGGGGAAUUCAGGGGCCAGCUGGUGCUGGUGACAGUGACCUGGAGCAAGGCAGCUGGAGGGCCGGUCUGGAGAGCAGGACGGUCCUGCCGGGGGCUGACUUGGGCUGGAAGGGGAGGUUCCUGACCCUCGCAGAUGGGGUGUUGAUGAGGUCCUCCACCAGGGACCGGGGACUGCCGGGGCUGCCUGGUGAGUGACGGCUGCCAUCCUGCCCGAGCCCUGCCUUCUGCUUAGGAUCCUGAAGGGGGUCGGAGCCCCGGAUGUGCUUUCCCUCCGGAAGAUGAGGACUCCCAACACCUCCACCAUGGAUGGUGCCGGACUGGUGGUGGAGAGGGACUUCUCCUUCCGAAUCCUCACAGCCUGUUUCCUGUCGCUGCUCAUCCUGUCCACCCUCCUGGGGAACACGCUGGUCUGUGCCGCAGUGAUCAGAUUCCGACACCUGCGGUCCAAGGUGACCAACUUCUUUGUCAUCUCUUUGGCUGUGUCAGAUCUCCUGGUGGCCGUCUUGGUCAUGCCCUGGAAAGCGGUGGCUGAGAUCGCUGGCUUCUGGCCCUUCGGGUCCUUCUGUAACAUCUGGGUGGCCUUUGACAUCAUGUGCUCGACCGCGUCCAUCCUCAACCUCUGCGUGAUCAGCGUGGACAGGUACUGGGCUAUCUCCAGCCCCUUUCGGUACGAGAGGAAGAUGACCCCCAAGGCGGCCUGCAUUCUCAUCAGCGUGGCGUGGACCUUGUCUGUCCUCAUCUCCUUCAUCCCCGUGCAGCUCAGCUGGCAUAAGGCAAAGCCCACAAACCCCUCCGAAGGGAACGCCACUUCCCUGGGCGAGGCCACAGACAACUGUGACUCCAGCCUGAGCAGGACGUACGCCAUCUCGUCCUCCCUGAUAAGCUUUUACAUCCCCGUGGUCAUCAUGAUUGUCACCUACACCAGGAUCUACAGGAUUGCCCAGAAGCAAAUUCGGCGGAUCUCAGCCUUGGAGAGGGCAGCCGUCCAUGCCAAGAACUGCCAGACCACCACGGGCAACGGGAAGCCCGCUGAGUGCUCGCAGCCCGAAAGCUCCUUUAAGAUGUCCUUCAAAAGAGAGACCAAAGUCCUGAAGACUCUGUCGGUGAUCAUGGGGGUGUUUGUGUGCUGUUGGCUCCCUUUCUUCAUCUUGAACUGCAUUUUGCCCUUCUGUGGGGCCGGGGAGACCCAGCCCUUUUGCAUCGAUUCGAUCACCUUUGAUGUGUUUGUGUGGUUUGGGUGGGCUAAUUCCUCCUUGAACCCCAUCAUUUAUGCCUUUAAUGCUGAUUUUCGGAAGGCAUUUUCAACCCUCUUGGGAUGCUACAGACUUUGCCCUGCAACCAAUAAUGCCAUCGAGACGGUCAGCAUCAACAACAACGGGGCUGUGGUGUUUUCCAGCCAUCACGAGCCGCGAGGCUCCAUCUCCAAGGAGUGCAAUCUGGUUUACCUGAUCCCGCACGCUGUGGGCUCCUCCGAGGACCUGAAGAAGGAGGAGGCAGGUGGAAUAGCCAAGCCCUUGGAGAAGUUGUCCCCGGCCUUAUCGGUCAUAUUGGACUAUGACACCGAUGUCUCUCUAGAGAAGAUCCAACCCAUCACGCAAAAUGGACAGCACCCAACCUGAGCUCCAGAGGAAUCCUGCCUGCCACACAGGCUGAUCCUGAAAGCUGGCGAAGAUUGCUCUGGGCUGCUAGUGAGAAACUAGGUUACGGUCAGAUGCAAGGUGUUGGCGAGCCCUCUGCUGCAUUUCCACACACAGCUAACUAGAAUCUCCAAUACAGCCUGGUAUUCUGUGUUGUUCAUAGUCAAGCAAACAGGGACACAUGGGAAGCUACAAGGGACAUAUCUUUGGCUCCAAAAUUGUUUUUAGGAACUCAUUUUUAUCUUAGGAUUUAAAAAGUAAGGAAAAGAAUCAACAAUGAACAGCUUUACUUAAAACACACGCACACACACACACACACACACACACACACCUCUUCCCGGGAAGGAGAUGAGAAGGGUUGAUUUGGCUGUGUACAGACAGGGGCUGACACCAUUCUAAGCAGUGUUCAGAUUGUAAAGGUAGGUGCAUGCCUUCGUACAUUAUUUCUAAAAAUGAUUGAGCCUUACAGCACAGAGAGGAGUUCUUUUUUUUCAGAAUUGAGAGAUGCUUUGUUGAUAUCGGUUUUAUUUAUUUAUUGUA